UCUCUCUCUCUGUUUGAUUUGGGGGAUGUGCUGUCAACCCCAGAGGCUUUAAAAACAACAGGGGUUUACUGCCUGUGUUCAUGUGGGUCAGAGGACAGGGAGUGGUCAGAGGUAGAUUCAGUCCAGCCAGCCGGGAGGGACAAUGAACCCUCUCUCAUUGCUUUGGCUGUACGCGGCCCUGCCAGGGCUGCUGUGGGCCUCGCAUGUCAGUCUCGCAGUGGAGGGCGACAAUGACCCCUCCAGGAUCUGCAAACCCGCCCCCAACUGGGCGAUAAAGGGACAUUCACCCAUGCAAGAGCUGCACGGAAAAGUGGUUGUGGUGGCGCUACUGAAGGCCAGCUGACAGUUCUGUCUCACUCAGGCCUCCAAAAUUGGAGGCCUGCGUGACAAGCUGAACCACAGCAACCUGACGGAGGUGUCUUUUAUGAUAGUAAAUGAGCGGGAGGCUCUGUCCAGAGCCAUGUUCUGGGAGCUGGAGAGAAGAGCGCCCCCUGGCGUUCCUGUCUAUCAGCAGGAUCCCUUUCAAAAUGACGUGUGGGAGGCUCUGGAUGGUGACAAAGAUGACUUCCUGGUCUAUGAUAGGUGUGGUCUGCUCACCUUCCACAUUGUGCUACCUUACAGUUUCCUGCAUUACGUCUACGUAGAGGCUGCAAUCAGAGCCACCUAUAAUACAAACAUCUGCAAUUGCACUGUUAAUUCUACUUUAUCAAGUGACCAGAACGAGACGAUGCAGUUAAAUGUCAGCCAGACAACUACAACACCCAUAUCGCAACUGGACGCAGAUGAUCCUAACGUGGAUGACACAGCUCCUGGGGCGACUCAUCAUCACCAUCAUCAUCCUCAUCCUCAUCCCCACCACCGCCAUCAUACCAGUCAUCAUAAUCAGUCCCAACAUCAGCCUGAUACAAGCCAGAAUAAAACUCUUCAUCCUCUCAGUCAUGAUCACCCUCAUCCUCAGCAUCCUCACCCCGAUCAUCAUCCUCAUCCUCAUCAUCAUCAUCAGCAGCAGAAGCAGCAGCCUGGCAACCACGGUCAUCCUGAUGGGAUGGAAGUGGAUAAUCAGGAUGACAGUUAAAUUACAAGUGUUUUUGCUGGCUUUUUCUUCUUAGUAUUUUACUUUUGGUGACAUGUUUUUUUUAACUUUGAUGACAUACAGGUAAACUGAGCCGUUGAAUCUGUUUAAGCUGUAUUCGGAUUGUGUUUUUCUCUGCUAGCAUCGCCACACCUCAGUCCUCUGUGUGGAAAACGUAGCCAGUGCUUCGCUGUCUUCUCCCACUAAUGAAGUCUAUGAUGUAAAACCUGCCUGCAGGACGCUGUAGAUGGAUGUGUGUGGAGAGAUUGGAUGUGCUGAUGGUUAUUGCCACCCAGACAGAGUCAGAGGAUGUGGUGCACUGCUAGUGAGCAAACCUCAGUCAGAUUACCGUUCAAACAUUCUCCUUCCGGUUCCAGUUUCUGCUUCUGUAAAUCAUGUCUCGUGCAGGAUCUGGAAGUGAUAUGCUAUGCUAUCUCAUUACUAUUUACAUAUAACAAGAGGUUCAAAUGCGGUCUUUUAUUCAUUUGAAAGUGGUGUAAUCAAUUUAAUUAGUAUACUUAAUCCAAUUAAAUCAUUAGAUAUUAUACAUCACACCAGCAAACUGUAUUUUUCACUUAUAUACAGUAUUACUGGAUUAACAUACUGUACAUUGCUCCAGUUAAUACAUUUUGCAUAUUUGCUGUGGAUUUAAAAACAUUGUUACUUGACCUCUGAUUAAUUACCUGAAUGUAGAAUGAAUGUUUAGAUUGUUGUUCUCCAUUAAAAAGAAAAUACAUAUAUAAAGUGUUUAGCCUGUACAGUUUGUGUAAUUGAAUAUGGAAGGUUAUUUUGUCCUCUUUCACAAUAAAGAGAAUAACCCGUUUCACAGUAGAGAGAUAUUAAAGCAAGAGAUCAACAUUUUGGGAAAUUUG